GAGUACAUCCAGUAUAAAACUACAAAUUGCAAAAGGCUCCAGGACCCAAGCGAAUCAUCUCUCAUUAUAGAAAAUAGGAACAAUGAAGAAAAAAAAUAAAGCAAUAGCUUUAUCUUAUCCUCAACAUCAUCAUCAACAAAACCACACUCUACUUUUCUUCUUCUUCUGUAUCUUGGUUUGUUACUUUCCCCGCUCAAACGGCAGAUUAGAAGAAAAAGAUGCAGUCCCAGUUGGGCAUGGAUACAGAAUUCGAUCCGUGUUUAUUGAUCCCUCCGGCAAAUCAUUGACCGCAUAUCUUGGCCUCAUUAACAGCUCCUCCAUUUUUGGGCCUGACAUUCAGAAUCUCAACUUCAUUGCCAGCUUUGAAACCAAGGAUCGGCUGAGAAUUCAAAUAACAGACUCCGACCACCGUAGAUGGGAGAUCCCACAAGACAUCAUCCCGCGCCAAACCCACUCCCCACUGCACCACUCUCUCCCCGAAACUCCGUCAUCUCCACCCCAUUCCCAUUCCACUACCUCCUACUUCCUCUCCGACCCCAACUCCGACCUCACCCUCACUCUCCACACCACCUCUCCCUUCACCUUCUCCAUCUCCCGCAAAUCCACAAACGACACGAUCUUCGACACCGCCUCCACUCCCUUCAUCUUCAAAAACCAGUACAUCGAGCUCUCUUCCUCGCUCCCCAAAUCCAAGUCCUCACUCUAUGGCCUUGGCGAGCAAACCAAGCGGUCCUUCAAGCUUGUUCCCGAUGAAACUCAGACGCUCACUUUGUGGAACGCUGAUAUCGCCAGUGCUAAUCUCGAUGUCAAUCUUUAUGGUUCGCACCCGUUUUACAUGGACGCUAGAUCAACAUCAUCAUCACCGGCCAUUCAAAGUCAUGGUGUUUUGCUGUUGAAUAGUAAUGGGAUGGAUGUGAUAUACAGUGGUGAUAGGAUUACGUAUAAGGUGAUUGGUGGGGUUAUUGACUUGUACUUUUUUGCUGGGCCAUUGCCGGAGUUGGUGAUGGAGCAGUAUACGGAACUCAUCGGCCGCCCUACGCCUAUGCCUUAUUGGUCCUUUGGAUUUCAUCAAUGUCGAUAUGGUUACAAGAAUGUGGCUGACCUUGAAGGCGUGGUUGCUGGCUAUGCAAAAGCUGGUAUACCUCUUGAAGUUAUGUGGACAGAUAUUGAUUACAUGGAUGGCUAUAAGGAUUUUACCCUUGAUCCCAUCAACUUCCCGUUGGACAAAAUGCAAAAAUUUGUUGAUACUCUUCAUCAAAAUGGUCAGAAAUAUGUGCUUAUCUUAGAUCCUGGUAUCAGUGUGAAUAAGACAUAUGGAACCUACAUUAGGGGGAUGCAAGCUGACGUGUUCAUAAAACGUGGUGGUGUCCCUUACUUGGGUCAAGUUUGGCCUGGCCUAGUCUACUUUCCUGAUUUUUUAAAUCCAGUUAGUGAAGUAUUUUGGGGUGGUGAGAUAAAAAGAUUUCAAGAUAUUCUUCCCUUCGAUGGUCUUUGGCUUGACAUGAAUGAGAUUUCUAACUUUAUAACUUCUCCUCCUACUCCAACUUCUACUCUUGAUGACCCUCCCUACAAAAUUAACAAUGCUGGAGUUUCGCGGCCCAUUAAUAAUAGUACUGUCCCUGCAACAUCCUUACACUGGGGUAACAUUACGGAGUAUAAUGCCCACAACCUAUAUGGACUCCUAGAGUCCAAAUCCACUAAUGCAGCCUUAAUCAAUGUGACUGGUAAAAGGCCAUUUAUACUUGCCAGGUCAACUUUUGUAACCUCUGGCAAGUACACGGCACACUGGACUGGAGACAAUGCUGCUACAUGGAAUGAUUUGGCAUAUUCAAUUCCAGGAAUUUUGAAUUUUGGACUUUUUGGCAUCCCAAUGGUUGGAGCAGAUAUAUGUGGUUUUUCAAGAAAUACUACUGAAGAACUUUGUGGGCGUUGGAUUCAGCUAGGGGCCUUUUAUCCCUUCGCAAGAGAUCACUCUGAGAAGUAUUCUAUUCGUCAAGAACUCUACCUUUGGGAUUCAGUUGCUGCAACAGCUAGGAAGGUGCUUGGGCUUCGCUAUCGGCUUCUCCCCUACUUUUACACAUUAAUGUAUGAAGCACACCAAAGAGGAACCCCCAUUGCACGACCCCUUUUUUUCUCUUUCCCUCAAGAUAUCAACACUUAUGAAAUCAGUACACAAUUUCUGAUUGGUAAAGCCGUAAUGGUCUCACCAGUAUUGAAGUCAGGAGCUGUUUCAGUUGAUGCAUACUUCCCUGCAGGAAACUGGUUUGACCUCUUUAACUACUCCCAUUCGUUGAGUGUUAAAUCAGGAAAGUAUAUCAAGCUUGAUGCACCACCUGAUCAUAUAAACGUGCAUGUUCGGGAAGGUAAUAUUCUGGCUAUGCAAGGAGAGGCCAUGACAACACAAGCAGCUCGGAAGACUGCAUUCCAACUCUUGGUAGUUGUCAGCAAUAGUGGAAAUAGCAGUGGAGAAGUUUUCUUGGAUGAUGGUGAGGAAGUGGAGAUGGGAGGAGCGGAUGGGAAAUGGAGUUUAGUGAGAUUUUAUGGUGGAAUAAUAGGGAAUAAAGUAUCAGUUAAAUCACAAGUUGUGAAUGGAGGUUUUGCAUUAAGCCAAAAGUGGAUCAUAGAUAAAGUGAUUUUCAUAGGAUUAAAGAAGGGUAAGAGAUUGAAGAGAUAUGAACUAGAAACUACAAAUGGAACAAACUUGAAUGGAAACUCAGUUAUAAAGGAAAGCUUCGACAGCUUGGGAUUUCUUACUGUAGAGGUCUCAAAAUUGUCACUUCUUAUAGGAAAGGAGUUCAAGUUGGAGGUAAACUUCUGAAAUAGUGAGACAACUCGUAAGAGAAUAAGUAUCAGUUGCACUCAACUGUCAUAGCUGUUUGAAAUUGUGUUGCUGGAAAAAAUCGCUAUUUUAAUAAAUUUCUAAGUAAUAAUUCAGUAA